AUGAGAAUCAGAGAGGAUUCAACAGUACACUAUCCAAACGAGAUAAAUGUCUAUGUUCAGCUUGGUCGUGACGCAAUUUCGUUUCUCGAUAAACAGCCGCUCGGGACAGGCACGGAUGCCUUGAUGUCAAAAAUGAAGAAGCUGCUGACUUCAAAACUGGUUGGUAAAGGCCGGCAUGUUAGCACGGUCUUCCAAGGUUUCCUUACUCAUGAUUACUGGAAGGUGGUCCACUUCCGCGCAUCAUUCCUGACAAUACUUCCAACAGCAGAAAUGGCGUUCCCUGAAGAGUGGAAGCUUAGGAUGCAGGGAGUUAUCGAUUCCUUAACUAUAGCAGAUGGCUGUGGGUCGAAUUUUCAACUGCCAGUAGUUCCCUAUCAACUGUCGAUGCCAUCCCGAUUGGCGAUGAAGCGUUCACAAUCCAACUGCCAGGCUCGACAGGGGAAGUCGAGAGGCAGAGGUCGGGUUCGAACCACGGCCCUUCCGGUCAGCAAAUUCGCGCUCCAACCACUUGGUCCAACUUGCCCUGUGUACGGUACGAGAAACCCUAUCAUAGUUCAUGUUCACAACACUACAGAUUUGGGGAUGAGUAACGGAGAAAACGCACAUCUGGCUAGGUUACAAGUGGAUAUUAGGGUUGGCGACUUCGGGCCGGAUAAAUGGCCUACGCUGGGGGAAUGUGAUGUGGCGGGGGGGGGGGCUAAAGGCCACAGUGUACGAGAGGUCAGCCGACACUGGGGCAGUUUUGAACUACUCGCUGCCCAUCCGAAGUCGGUAUCCACGAGUAUUGCCUCAUCAAUGUUUAGGCGUGUAAGGGCCCUGUGUACAGAAGAAGAAGAAGAAGAAGAAGAAGAAGAAGAAGAAGAAGCUGAUCGGACAGCUGCCCAAAUUGAAGUAAAGAACAAACUUCCAGGUAUUGGAUAUCCAGCUAGCUUGAUUAGGCGUUGA